AUGGAGAGGAAUGUUCAUCCCGCGUAUUCCGUCGCACCUCUCACGUGUAAUAUCGAAUAUCAGGUCAACCCCCGUGCCUGUUUUAGGCUGUCGGACAGUCGCUGCAGCCUUUACUGCAACUACUCGACAGUGCAAAGAAGCAGCUGCGACGGGGUGCCCCGUGCAGCUGGCAAAUCGUGUGGUCCCAUGGCUGUCACCUCUCAAUCUCCGGCUUCAACCGUGCGACUCGGACACGAAACUUGGCAUGCCCAUGCAGCAGCAUUUCUGAAUCUACCAGCGACCAAAGCGUCGUCUAGUACGGGAGAAGAACAACAACCAGCAAUGGACUCGUCCUGUGCCACUCGACGGACGCAGCGUCAAUUGCCUGCAUUGACACCAGCUUCCUUCCGGUCGAGCUCGCCUGCUGCUGCACCACACAAGCUCGAGCAGCUUCGUAAUCGCCCUCGACCUCAACCUACUGACAAUAGCAACAGCUCGAGUCGGUCACGAGCUCUACCGUCGCCUUCAAUUGCCCACGUUUUCUUCAAUCGACGGCCGCUGGACUUGAUCCGGCGCACGACGAGCUCGGUGCUGACAUUGGAAGGGAGCGAUCGCUCAGCUCUUGCAAAAGUCAGCGCAACGGCAGGUCUCUCAGGGGACGAGCGACUGCAUCGACCUUCUUGUGGUCUCCACAAUAGUGACAAGCAGCACAGUCGAUCGCGACUGCAGCAGCUCAAGGACAGGAGCAAGACCAAAGAGGGGGCGCGACCUUAUUCCCACCGAAGGCUGCAGCUUGCAGGAGCGGUGAAAGAUGCAGAAACAGAGCCGAGAAAGCUGGAAGGCCGUUUGCAGGACGUCGCGGAGACCAGGAAGCUAUUGACGAGAUGUCCUUUGACUGGGAAGGAAGUGGUUGGAAGGGAGAUGGUGAAAGCUGCUGAGCUGACGGGACUCGAGCGCGUGGAGAUCCAGCAGUAUGACGAGGUCUACUUUGAAUCGACACUUGCAGUCAAGCGAGCUCGUUGCAAUGGAUGUAUCCGGAAUACAAUGCCAGUCCAUGGCGAUGAGCCACUGGAAGUGGAAGCUGAAGACCCGAAUGAGGUGCCCACGCAGUUGCACAAUGAUGGCUACGACGACAAGGAUGGAGAUUACCUCGUCUUGAUUGGAGACCACUUGGCAUUUCGAUAUGAAGUGCUGAGUGCUUUAGGCCAAGGAGCAUUUGGCCAGGUUGUUCGUUGUGUGGAUCACCGCACGCGCAAACAAGUUGCAGUGAAGAUUGUCCGCAAUCGACGAGCGUAUCGUGACCAGGCACUGAUGGAGGUGCAGGUUCUAGCUCAGCUCCAGCGUGGAGCAGCAGCUUGUCCUGAGUAUCCGCAUGUUGUCUGCAUGGAAGACCACUUUGAGUUUCGAGACCACGUGUGCAUCGUCUUUGAGGAGCUCGGCAUGACCCUGUACCAUUAUUUAUCGAUCCGAUCCUUUCGCGGGGGUUUCCAUGGACAGCGUCCGCACGUGCUGGCGAACGCUGCACGCUGUACGGAUACUUUGGACAAGGUGACGCUCAUUGAUUUCGGCAGCAGUUGUCUGGAUGGAUCUCCCGUAGCCACGUACAUCCAGAGCCGUUUUUAUCGCAGUCCUGAAGUACUGCUCGGCCGCGUUUGCUCGGAAGCCAUCGAUAUGUGGAGUUUGGCGUGCAUCCUGGUGGAACUACUGACAGGUCACCCAAUUUUUGCUGGUGAGAAUGAGCGCGAGCAAUUCGAUUGCAUCGUGGAGGUGCUCGGUGUCCCUCCGGUUGACAUGGUCCUCCAGGCAAAGCGACGUCUGAACUUUUUCGAUGAAGUCGCAAACCCUGCGGAUGUUGAGUCUGCAGCGUGCGUGCUGAAGCCAUUUGUUAACUCACGCGGACGUCGACGCAUACCUGGUUCUCGAAGUUUGGCUAGUGUGGUAAUGACCGAUGACUCGGAGUUCUUGCUCUUUUUGGCCAAGUGCUUCGUCUGGGACCCCAGUCAGCGCCUUACUGCAGAGCAAGCGCUGGAAGAGCCAUGGAUGCAACGUCGGCAUUGUAGAACUUAA